CUCGGAAACUUGCGAUUCUUUUACAGAAUUCUAUUUUGUUUAUGAUUUUAGAAUUGUACCUAUAAAUAGAUCAUGUGCUGUUUAGUUUUAUGCAUAAAAGAACGUGCAUAUCUAUCUACCUUUGUUGAACCAUAUAUAUUCUCCUUCCAAAACCCAAGUUCUCAGAGAUCGUCUUUAAUUCAACCUACACACACAUAUAUAUAACCGAUGUUGAAAGAAGACACCUUACCGAUGUUGCCAGAAGACAUCUUGUUAGAAAUUCUGUACAGGCUGCCAGUUGCAUCUCUUAUUCGAUUCAGGUCUGUUUGUAAAACAUGGUAUCAUAUUAUUGCUACUCCUUCCUUCGCUAAAUCUCAUCUGGCAUGUCAAAAAACCUCCUCCUCAAAUAAGUAUAUCCUAUACAAUGAUAACCAUUUGUGCACUUUACUUACAAAUAGUGACCCCCUCUUUGAUAGUACUAAACAUUCUAAACUAUACUACACGCCUGAAUUAUUCGGGAAAGAUGUCACUUGUGACAGCUGGGAUUUAGAGAUUCAGGGAGCUUGUCAUGGACUGUUAUGUCUGUCGCAGCAGUGCUAUCAUAUUGGCAAUGACAUACAUCUGUGGAAUCCGAUUUGUAGAAAAGCCAAAAAGCUUCCGCAACUUGAAAUCUCAAUCAAGGAUAAGUUCGGUUUUAAUCUGCGUGCCGGAGUGAUCUUUGGAUAUUACUGUGACGAUUACAAGGUGAUAGUAAUUGCUUAUGUUAAUAGUACAUUCAUUAUUUCUGUUUACAGUUUGAGUACUAAUAGCUGGAAUACUAUUCAAACAAAUUUUUAUCUUGAAGAAAAAUACAAUUAUCGCUUUGUCCUUGCUACCAAGUUUGUAGAUGGCACUGCAUAUAUGUUGACAUGCAACAAACUAGUCAUUUGUUAUGAACUGAGCAAUAAGAGCAUUCGAGUGAUCAAGCUUCCUGAAGAAUUUUGUGCAUGUGGUAUUACUUUGGAAGCAUAUGGAGAAACUAUAGCUGUUUUGGGGCAGGAAAAGAGUUAUCUAACCAUGUGGAUAUUAAGAGACAAGUCGUCCUUGUCGCCCUGGGAAAAGAAAUUCAAUAUUGCAGUGCACGAAGUUAGUAACUACCAAGCAGUGGGAUUCUUGAAUAAUGGUAAAUAUCUGUUGAGGACUUUUGAAUUGGAAGGAGAUUCAUGUGUAACUAAGUUAUUUGAUUCAUGUGUAACUAAGUUAUUUUUGUGCGACACGGAGAUCCCAAACAUAACAGAAUUUAGAUCGUUUACAGAAUCAACAUCCUGUUUAGGACUUCCACCAAAAUAUCCAACUGUACAAGGCCGCAUAGACUCUAACUUUGUAGAGAGCCUUCUUCUCCUUAAUGAAGAUGACCUGCAUCCUUUUUCGCAGACAGAGAUGGAUUCUACCUGCAGUUCUACCUUGUUUACGUUGCAGUGGUGCACAACCGAUUAAGUUUUAAUGCAUUGCAGCAUUGUGGAAGGAAAGAGCUAAGAAGCGACCUACAGGGCAUCUUUUGCCAUAGAUAGAGGUAUAAAAUUAAGAUUUAUGAUGUUCAUGUUAUCAGUGUCAUGUCUACUUGUAUGCUUCGCCCGUGCGCAUGUAAAUAAUUGUUUCCUCAUAAACAAAUUCACGGAAAUUAAAAAUAAAAUUGAGAGUUAUAUAAAUAUAUUGUGAAUUAAUAUAAGUUACCGUACAGUCCAUUAAAUCAAAUCUUUUUCAUUACCUUAUAAAUAUUUAAUGUAUGUAAUAAGACUAUUUAAAAUUCAAUACAUUCUCUUUAUAACUCUUAUUAAAGGGCACUCACGCUUCAUUAAGCCGGCCUCUACAUUGGGCGGGAUGGCGAACACCGAUUCACUUG